AUGGCUGAUUCUGAAACUUUUAUAGACAUCAAUGAAAUAAUGCAUAACCAACCGGUCAUUAAUGUCGGAAUGAUUGGGCAUGUUACUAAUGGCAAAUCUACCAUUGUAAAAGGUUUAACUGAUAAAACGACACAACAAUUUUCAAAAGAAAAAGAAAGAAACAUCACUAUUUGCCUUGGUUAUGCUAAUGCAAAAAUAUGGCGAUGUAACAUGUGUAAGUCGCCACAAAAUUUUAGUGCAUCGGACUCAACUGUUAUGCUAAAGAGGUGUAACAUGUGCGGUUCAAAUCUCGAUCUUGUAAUUCAUAUAUCGUUUGUUGAUUGUCCAGGCCACAACGAACUUACAACUACGAUGUUAAAUGGAUCAAGUGUAAUGGAUUAUGCUGUUUUAGUGGAGGCAUGUGAUAGCCAAGUAGUUCCUUCUCCACAAACGGCAGAACAUUUUGUUGCAACAAGAUUAUCAAACAUCCCGACAUGUAUGGUCAUAAUGAACAAAAUCGAUCUUGUAAAAAAAGAAGAGGCUAAAAAACAAAUUAAUUCCAUUAGCGAAUAUAUAAAAAAAAUGUAUGAGCCUGGUUUUGAAAAAUUGACUCCGAUUAUUCCGGUGAGUGCAACACUCGGAAUUAAUUUUGAUGUCAUUUGUCAAUGUCUAAGUCAACUUGUUGUGUUAGAUUCAAGAAACAGAAAUGCGCAUUUAUUAAUGAUUGUGAUUCGCAGUUUUGAUGUUAAUAAACCCGGAAUAGAUGUUUCAAAACUUAAAGGUGGAGUUAUCGGGGGAACAAUUAAACAAGGAACUCUUAAAGUUAAAGACAAAAUUUUGAUUUACCCGGGUAUGGUUAAAAAAAUUCCCGAUUCCGAUAAAAAAGAUCAAGGAGCCGACUUUUAUUACAAACCAAUUAAAAGCGAUGUUUUGAGUAUUAAAUCCGAGACAAACAAUUUAAAUUUUGCAAUACCUGGCGGUCUUUUAGGGAUUCAACUAACAGUUGACCCAGCUUUUACAAGAAGUAACUAUCUGUCCGGUUCUAUUGUAAUUAAAGACACUGAUACUGAUACAAAACUAAAAGUGUAUGAUAAAAUUAUUAUCGAAAUUAAAAAAUUCUUAUACUCUUAUGAAAAAGCAAACAAACUCCUUAAAAAAAAGCAAGAGUUAAUGAUAAACGUUAACUCAAAUAAUAUUGAUUGUGUUGUAUACAAAUAUAAUAAGUCAAAACAAGAAUUAUACCUAACACUUUUACAACCAGUUGUAAUAGACAGCCUAAAUAAUAGUGUAAUUGUCAUAAAUAAAAACACAUGUAGUGAUAUAAUCGGAUGUGGUGCUAUUAUCGAUGGCAUUGAGUGCGAACUAUUUAGUAUUUAA